AAGAAAUUUAGGAAGUUAGAACCAAAGGCUUAACGAAACAAGCCACAUUUAACUAAAUACUGCUUGGUGGACACACAUCCGACGUGGCUAUCGUUCAUUGGUCUGUUCCAUCUAUGGAAUGAGAAGCACAAGAUUACUGCUCCAUUCCAAAUUCCGCCUUCAAUAAUUUGAUAAAAUUUUGAUCCACUCUGUUUCAAGCUGUCACCAGAAUGUCGUCUUCUUCUUCUUCUCCUUCUUCGUCUUCCCUUAAACCCAUUAAUUCAAUUUCCUGAUAAACGAGCAGAGAGAGAUCUGUCAAAAUCACAAACCGUGAAUUCGGGAAGAAUAAGCCGAUGAUGCUUCGUAUUGUUCAAAUCGCGUUUCUAUGUCUCGUUCUCGUCGCCGGGAUCUCGAUCUCCACGGCGAUAUCAGAGACUGAGACUAUAUACGAGAUCCUCCUGGCAAACGGAUUACCUUCGGGGAUAUUCCCGAAAGGUGUCAGAGAAUUCACCUUCGACGUCGAAACGGGACGAUUCUCGGUUUAUUUGAAUCAGGCAUGCGAGGCUAAAUACGAGACUGAGAUACAUUACGACGCCAAUAUUACGGGGACUAUAGGUUCUGCUCAAAUCUCUGAUUUGUCUGGAAUCUCGGCGCAAGAGCUAUUCUUGUGGUUUCCGGUUAAAGGAAUCCGAGUCGACGUGCCGAGUUCUGGUCUUAUAUACUUCGACGUUGGUGUUGUUCGAAAGCAAUAUUCUUUGUCUUUGUUCGAGACUCCGAGAGAUUGCGUUCCGGUUCGUGGGAUUCACAAGGUAUGCAGAAUGAGUUUUUUCAAUUGAACCUUUAAAGUUCUUGAAAAUUAUUGAAGGAUACUAAUGGGCUAUAGUGUGAAUAGAGAUAAUUCAAAUGUUCUUAUCGCUGGAUUUUGUGGUUUUUCAAUGUCGAGCUUUUGAAUAUUCACAAGUUUCAGGCUUGCCACUAAGAAUUCAAAUGAGAAUCCUUUUUCAAAGUUUUUUUAGCUUAUCUCAUUCGUCAUCAUCUGAAACUUUUGAGAUUCCUUUCAAUGGUCAUUUUUUCUCCAUUCUUGACUUGGUUGCGAUUUUUGAUUGGUCAGGAACUGUUAGACAUGUGACAUGAAGAAUUAUCUUUAGAGCUAGGAAAGAUUGUUCCUUUUUAGGGUUGAGUUGCCAUUGUACCGAGUAGAUCAAAAUCUUGGGAGAAACAUCAUUUAGCAAGAGUUUUAAAGAAUUGUUGUAUACCAUACCAGAAAGAAAGGAAGAUAGAUGUUCUCAUCAAUCAAUUCUUGAAGAUACUUCAACUGUUUUGGUCUCAAAUCUUAGGCAUGAUUCAAAAUCAAAUUGCUUCAUUCUUUCCCUCCCCAUUCCAGUUUUGCUUCUGUAAUUCGUUCUCAGAUUAGGCCGGGGACUGAACCGAGGAGAGAAUCUGUGGUUUUGAAAAGAUGCUAAAGGGAUGGCCCAGAUUUUGUUGAAGUGAUGAUAACUGUGAGGUGAUGAAUGUUUUGUGUUGUAUUCUUGUGUCAUGUCUAAAACAGAUAUAAUAAAUCCUAUAUUUAGCCAAAUAAGUGUUAUAGAAAAUUGGCAAUUUGCAAUCAUUUCUCUUUCACCGAAUAUCUGGCUGCUUUGUUUUUGGUAAAUGAAUCUAAAUUUUACAGUCAAAUCAACUGUGACAAUUAUAGGAUUUCGUCGUCAUUCUAAAGACCUGCCCUGACCCUGAAGUGGAAGUCUGUCUCCAGUUGGCUUCGGAAGUUACUGUCCUAAGAAGAUUCAGUGGAUCAAUGAAACAGUAAUGCCAAAAUGAGUCCAUUUAGGAGACUUGGAAACUUGUCUAGUGUCUCAUUAUUUUAAGAGGGAUCUUUAGUUUAAGAUUGUGAGAUAUUUAUUUUAUAUUUUGG